UCCAGAUUUUGUUUCCAUAAUUGUGAUCGGGAAGAUGUUUUCAAUUUUGCGUUCUUAUUUUCAUUGAUUACCUCUUCAAUUGCUGUGAAAAUUUGCUUCGAUGGAAUCUGUAGCAAAUAACGAAGGUAUGUACAUUCCUGUUUGUGAUGAUGCUUUGAAGCCAAUGAUUGAUGGCAAGAGCAGAGGAUAUGAGGUUUAUCAGUUUGUUGAGUAUCAUAAUCACUUAAUGGUUGCGGAUGAGCAUAGGCAUUUUAUGAUGGCCAAUCGCAAUCUGGAUCCUAUCCAUCGGAGGUUUAUGGAGGAUUGUGGCAGGUGUAAUAUUGGUCCCACUCUCACAUUCAAACUUUUGAAGGAGAUAAUGGGUGGACCUGAAAAUGUUGGAUGUGAUAUUAUUGAUAUUAGAAAUGGUUAUCGUGAUAUUAUGUCCAAUAUUGAUGGUUCAGAUGCUCAAAUGAUUUUUGAUUAUAUGCGUUCUCAAAAGAAAUCAUCUGAUGCCUUCUAUUAUGAAAUUGAGAUAGGAUCUCAUGGAAAGUUAACUAGACUCUUCUGGGCUGAUGCUAUUUCAAGACGAAAUUAUCAUAUGUUUGGAGAUGUAAUUUCAUUUGACUCAACAUACAACACUAACAGGUAUUGCAUGAUUUUUGCUCCAUUCACUGGAAAAGAUAACCAUUCUAGACCAGUUACAUUUGGAGCUGGCUUGUUAUCAAGUGAAGGUAGAGAAUCCUAUUUGGUAAUGAAGAUUUCAAAAAAGAGUUGA